ACGAGCUGACGAGGCUACUCUAGUUCUUCCCUGGCCGGCAAGCGUAGGGAAGCGUAGCUCCGUGCCAUGGCGUCUCUUACUCUACGUUUGGCUGUGCUCGCGUGUGUCUUUAUCUGUAGGACAGAUGUUGCUCUGACCGCGCAAAACGUCAUACAGCUCCAGAACAACGAGUACACUGACGUGCUGAUCGCCAUCAACAGGAACAUUCCUGAGGACCAGCAGAUCGUGGACAGACUCAAGGAGAUCUUUACAGAGGCUUCUGAGGCGCUCUACAUCGCCACCCGCAGCCGAGCCUACAUCAAACAGGUGAAGAUCCUCAUCCCGAACACAUGGACCAGGCAGCCCCAGUACCUGCCGCCGGGGACAGCCACGUUCGACCGGGCAAACGUCAGAGUAGACGUACAGAACCCCCUGUAUGGGGAUGGCCCUUACGUUCAACAGACGGGCGGGUGCGGGGUGGGCGGGGAGUACCUGCACCUGACGCCCAGGUACGUCGUGGACAGGCCGUACGGUGAGAGCAACUGGGGACCGUACGGUAAAUUAGUGACCCACGAGUGGGGCCAUCUCCGCUGGGGCCUGUUUGACGAGUACGGGUUCGACGAUCCGUUAGGAGGGUCCUACCCGCACUUCUAUGUCUCCACCUCCAUGGGGAUCCAGCCGGUCCGGUGUUCCGCCUACACCGCCGGGUCGUACCAGAAUCCCGUCACACAAAGCCGCUGCCAGGUGGACCCGGCUACCGGACUCCCCGAGGCCGACUGUCGCUUCAUUCCCAAUCCCAAUGGAAACCGCGCCACCGGGUCCUACAUGUUCAUGCAGUUCUUACCGCAGGUGGAGGAAUUCUGUCACGGCGGUCAGCAUCUCUUCAGCCAGGGUGGCCAGCCCAACCCGCUCUCGUCUCACAAUCGCGAGGCACCCAACAAGCAGAACGCCCUGUGUAACGGUCAGAGCGCCUGGGACGUCAUGAACAAGCACCAGGACUUCGCGAACGGAGCCAACCCGCCCAGGGAAGUGGUGUCGACGGUUCCGGACUUCGUGCUGCUCCAGGAGAAGGAACCCAUGAUGGUGCUGGUACUGGACACGUCGGGCAGCAUGCGGGUGUUGGAAGCCCAGGGCGACCCGAGCGGCGGCAUCCUGUUCCUUAUGAGUGACGGUCAGGAGAACGAACUUCCGGACAUCGCGACGGUCACCCCGCAGGUCCUGGCUAAAGGGAUCAUCAUAGACACGCUGGCCUACAAGAGAAGCGCCGACCCGCAGAUCGAGUCCCUGGCCCUGCUGACCGGGGGGAAGUCGUACUUCUACUCGGGAGAACAGGGCGACUCCACCGCCCUGAACGACGCCUUCACCGCCUCCGUGCUGUCAAGGGACGAUAGAACGGGAGGAGAGGCGACGAUACAGCUUGUCAGUGAAACCAAGACGCUGAACACAGGAGAGAAUUACUACAACGAGCUUUACAUCGAGAAAAGCGAGGGGAGGAACGCCAUCUUUACCUUCAUGUGGAAUGGCGGCGUCCCGCCCUUAAUUGAGAUCAUAGCCCCCAACGGCACUGUGAUUGGUCAAGGUGACCCGUCCUAUCACGUGAUGUCGGACACCAUUCAAGUGAAUGUUCCGGGUGUAGCACAGCCUGGGAAGUGGUCGUACAACAUCACCAUCGUUGACUACUACUACCAACAAGUGGACAUCCUGGCCAGCUGUAAGGGGGCAACUCCGGACAGCCAGCCUAUCAAGGUGACCGCUCAGGUCAGCACGAUCUCCUUGAACGGCUCCUCCCUCUCCGAGUCCCCGGCCCUGUCCAUCCGGGCGUCCGUCACCAAGGGGUACCUUCCCGUAACCGGGGCUACCGUCACCGCGUUCAUAGAGAAGCCGCCUAGCGAGGAUGUUGACGAACUGCUCCUGCUGGACAACGGCGCAGGUGCCGACGUGACUAAAAACGACGGCGUCUACUCCCGGCACUUCCUGAACUUCACGGCGGGAGGCCGCUACAGCGUGUCGGUCAAGGUCAACAACGAACAGGGAGAGGCAGCUUCCAUUGUCGUGACCGGAACGGCGCGACGUGGUCACAGCGCCGCCUUGUCCAAGGACGCAGAGGCCUUCGCACUGGACAAAAACGCAGUGCAUUCUGAACCGCUGGAUCAGUUCCAGCGGAUGGCGCCAGGUGGCGUGUUUGAGCUGACAGACGUUCCCAUUGGCGGCCUGUCGCGAUUGGACCUCGGCCCGCCAUCUCGGGUCAAUGACCUGAAAGUGAUAAGGGUGUCGCACGACAACUUGACCGUCGCUCUGUCCUGGACAGCUGUUGGGGACGACCUUGACCAAGGAGGACCAGCCGCCUUGACCGACCUACGAUUUGGCCGAAACUUCACGGAACUUGCCGACGACUUUGAAGCGUCGAGCGUCGUCGACGACUCGCAAGUGCUGCUGGGAGACCUGACGUCACCCUCGCCACCGGGCACCCUUGAAACCGUCGUCAUCCGGGUACCUGAGAGGGGAGAGAACGUGACCUUCGUGUUCGCCCUUCGGGUGUGUGACACAGUGGGGAACUGUGGACAACCCUCCAACAUCGCAGCCGCCAACCUCGAGUACAUCCCAGAACCAACAACACCGCCACCAACAACACCCCUGUCACAACCAAACAAGCCCAACAGCAACACGCUUAUCAUAGCUGUAUCUGUUAGUUGUGGAGUCGUUGCUGCAGUGGUCGCCAUCUUGGCAGUGUUGUCGGUGAAGCACUGUUGUUGUAAGAGAAAGAAACGAGUAUCAGUCACACCGGUCCCAGACGGAAUUGCUUUGGAAAGCGGACAGCCUCCAAAUCAACCCUUACCUAAGGCAUAAAAGCACUCGUUCUUUAAAGCAGUGCCUUGAAAUGUCUUCUUUUCUCUAUUAAUUUUUAACGAAAAAACACCAAAUGUGAAUUUUCUAGCCAAGAUAAAAGCAAUUUUACGCAGAGCACAAAGCAAUUUCAUUGCGUUGCCACUUGCGAAACAAAAAUUAUCCAAACAGAUCAAUCUGCGCCUUAUAUUCCGCCUUUUUUGUCCCUCAUAAACAUACUUUUCUACGGCUGCAUGCCUUACAAGUUACAACGCACCUAUCUCGAUGGGUUAGUAUUGCAGUUACAGUAGGUGACAUAAGAUCGCUACAAGUCACAUUAGAAGCACCGUAUUGGAGUUGAAUUUUCUUCAUGAAUAAAAGACAUGA